UCUUGCCUCGCAUCUUCCCCCCCACCAAAAAAAAAAACAGCUAAAGAAAUUAACCACACUCAAAGAAACACUAGAGGGAGGAGAGAUCAAUAACAGAUAUCUCAUAAUAUGGGUCACCAUUCUUGCUGCAACCAACAAAAGGUUAAGAGAGGACUUUGGUCACCUGAAGAAGAUGAAAAGCUCAUCAGAUAUAUCACUACACACGGCUAUGGAUGUUGGAGUGAGGUUCCUGAGAAAGCUGGGCUUCAAAGAUGCGGCAAGAGCUGUCGUUUGAGAUGGAUUAAUUACUUGAGGCCUGAUAUAAGAAGAGGGAGGUUUACUCCAGAGGAGGAGAAGUUGAUAAUUAGCCUUCAUGGUGUUGUUGGAAACAGAUGGGCUCACAUAGCAAGCCACUUACCUGGAAGAACAGACAACGAGAUAAAGAACUAUUGGAACUCUUGGAUUAAAAAGAAGAUACGAAAGCCUUCAACUUCUCCAACCAUAACCAAUGCAACUACCGGAACCGAUCAUUCAAAUAUAAAUUAUGCCUCAAACCAGCUAGAUUUAUUGCAUCAAGAUUUGACAACAAGGACACAAAUCCAAGAAACCCUAUUUUCAUCUUCAGCUCCCUUAUUUAUGUUUGACACGAGCACCUCGCUUGAUGGAAUUGCGGAUAGUAGUGUACGCGGAGAGGUUUUCCCUGAUUCGGCAAGCUUGAACAUGGAAACUUGGAAUUCAAACCAGCACCAUCAAGUUCAAGCAGCAAUGCCCCCGCAAGCAACUUUUAGUAUUGGAAUGGAUACAAAUUACUUGCCUCCAUUGAUUGACAACAUGAUGCCUAUUGAAAUGCAAUCCUGUAGCAUGAAUGAAGAAGGGGAGAUAUCAUUGGAGUGCUUACAAAGGCAAGAGUUGAAUAUUGAAUGGGUUGAAUCACAGCAAUGCUCGAACUUUCUUUUUUGGGAUAAUGUUGAAGAAUCAGUACUUGGUGGAGAAGAAAUUGCACCAAAUUCAUCUAGCAUGGGAGCUGCUACACUCUCUUCUUUCCCUUCAUCUCUAUAAGAUAUUUAUGCUGGUGAAAACUGCCCCCCCAUCUCUCUUCUCUCUUGAUCUUUCUAUAUAUAGAGCUUUCAGAAUGAUCCAGGCUUUUGAAGACAGUUUUCUUUUUUCUUUUUUAUAUAUUUCUUUUCUUUCAUUUCUACCCCCUUUUAGCUUCCAGAGGUGAGAUUGUGAAAACGUGAGGAGAUGAAAACAUUAUAACUGCAUAAGUAUUCAUGCAAUCUUGUUUUCGUGUUCGGAAACAGAUCAGAGGAAAGAAUAAAGGAAACUGCAACAAACCCCCCAGCAGAGUUUGAUCAUAAUUAUGGUGAUUUCAAUGAGUGAUUCUUUUUUUUCUCUUUUCUUUUUCACUUUUCCAGAAUCUUGAAUAACAUUUCUAUUGGAUUUCUAUUGGAUUUCUAUGUA